AUGUUUGCUUUGCUGUGUAUAUACUACGCUCUUUUUUUGUUCGAAUUAAGCAAUGUAAAGUUGCAAACGCUUGCUGUGAAUCGAUUUUGUAGUUUGUUUUGUCUUGUUGUUUUUCUGGUGAAUUUUGGCAGCUUUUGCUUACGUGAGAGAAGGAGAGACGAUGAUGAUGAUGAUAAAGGAGGCGGAGGAAACGAUGAUGGCAAUUGCACUUUCUUUUCUAUUGCUGCUGUGCAGAUUUCGCAAAUCAAAUUCUGGAAUACUAUUGGGAUUGAACGAGCUUUUAAGAGGAAAAUGUAUCAAAUGUCUGCGACGUUUAUGUUUCUUCUCCUUAAGAUUUUGGGGGGUGAUUACUGA